AAUAGGUUCACUAAACUAUCCGCAUAACUACUACUAUUCGUAUGGACUUCGGUAAUGUUAUAUAAAAACUCAUCACAACUCCUUUAAUUACUACUACAACAAACAAUAUUAUAGUAAUCUAUUGUAUUACCCCCAAAAUAAAUAUGACUUUGAAGACUUUGUAGAUUAAAGUAUUUCUUAUUUUUUGAUUUACGCGUUUUGUCAAUAAACUGCUCUUUACCAAAAUGUUGUUUUUUAACAUUUUUAUCAAUUCCCAAACCUCUAUCAAUUUCAUUAAGUUUUUUACACCUCACUUUCCAAAAAAUCAUAGAUUUAUCCAAAAUUUCAUUCCUAAAAUUAUAUGACAA